AACCGAUUGAAGUAGAAAUUCAACCAAUUUUUGAUGCAGAAACUAUCUGGAGUAAUUAACCUCCAGCUUACUGGGAAACUGUAUAUUUUGGCACCACGAAGCACUGACUCAGAUAGGAUCUGACCUUCACCGCGUACCGACGCCAACAAAAAGCAAUACAUGGAUGGAUUUGACGAAAAGAGACGUUCCAUGAAGCAGGAGCUGCUGCGACGAGCCCUCCUCCUUAAGGUGGAAAAUUCCAAAGAGAGGUCUGCGCUGUAUGAUGUGCCCACUACUAGGUGCAGUACCCAGCCAAGGGGCAUACCCCUUACCAAGGAGCCGCAACUAGUGCGCAACAUGCAGCGCAACUUCUCUAACUCCAGAUGGGAACCGCUCCCCGGAACGGGCUUGGCGCAGCGCGAGAUAGCCGGCUGCCUGGAAUGCGGGGAAGCCACUCCAAAGAAACUGUGCCUCAAAUGCAGAGCUAAAGGUAAGAGCACAGAAAAAAGAGCAUCCCCACUUCAGAUAAGAACGAAUCAUAUUGUUAAAACUGCCACAGAGAAAGGGUAUCGAGGAUCCCGAGCUAGCUCGUUAAACUAUCCAUCUAGUUGGAACUUGGAGAUGGUUGAGGAUUCACAAGUGGUUGAUGGUAGAUCGGCAGAGCUCUCUCCAAGUGAUAUAACCAAUUGCGAUGCACUCCAUCGCACAAUUUACGAUCAACGCUUAGCCGAUCAUUCCGGAGGAGCCAACCAUCAAAAGAAAAUUGAUAAUUGCGUGCAGUGCUCGCUGCGACCAAUGACAAAGAGCUCCACGAUGGAGCCCACAAUUGAAGACAACUCACGCAUCAGACAGGUUUUGGAGAAGCCAAAGCAAAGGAUGCGCCACAAGUCGGUGCAGAGUGAUAUGGGCUAUGUGUCUAAGCAAGUCAGCAGCUCACCCGACAUAGUUAGGAUGGAGCAUGUAAUAGAUGCUUCAGGUUUCGGUAAACAGCGUGUCUUCAGCGGCGAAGCAGGAGGUCAGUCGGAAAACGCGUGCAGCUGUUGUUGUGUCUGGGGCAAAUACCCAUCACCAGGUUCAACGCAUGCCACAAAUGCAGCAGGGAUAUCUCGGAACAAUGACGGCUACACAUCAUCGGCCAUCGACAGUCGGGCCUCCAAUGACAAUGAGACCAUUAAAAACCAACAAAAAGUUGGGGAAAUGCAUUAUCCAACCUCGGAGCAUUUGAAAAUCAUUGAGCACAUUAGCCGACCACCCACCAUGAUGGAUACUACGAUUCCAAUCAGGAAAAGUGAUUCUGUAACCCAGCAAGAGAAAUAUGAAUCCAAUCAGAAUGGGGUUUCUAGGAUGGACUAUGUGCCAAAUUCCAGGGAAAGGUCUAAUGAAAAGAAGAAAAUUUCUUCAAGAAAUGAAUCCUAUGAGCAGUAUUCAUAUAAUCCCAGUAACGAAAGCCUGUCCCAUAAGCAAGCAGCUGUCAACAGCUCAAUUCAAUGUCCAUGUUGCUCAAAUGCUAUGACACAAACCGAAGAAAUUCGUCAGAAAUUAGAUGAAACUGCAGGCUCAAAAAGACGUCAGUCUGUAAAUUUAGUUAAAACUGGUCACAAGGGCUCGAAAAGACGACAGUUUAAGAAGGGUGCGCCUCCACAUCCCUUGAAUGGCGUACAGCCGAGUCCUAGAGGCAACGAGCUUCUACCGAUCUCACGAACAGCCCCCACUAUCAAGCAGACAGGCAAGCAAAUUCCAAAUUACUCAACUAUCAAAACACAACAGUUUCAAUCCAGUUCUUUACCCGAAUGCAUUGUGGUCCGCGGUAAUCAUUUGGCCGAGAAUUGCUGCCAAUUCCAAAUUCGAAACUGCUGUAAACCAAUCACCAAACAGCCGGCAAGCUCGAAUCCUUUUAUACAACUUCAUAAGUCAUGCCAAUGUCCAGCCUGCAUCAAAUGCAGGACUAAGGCCACAAUGCCAACGAUAAAUCCUUCAAGAAAACCGAAUGAUGAUCAAAUGGCCAAAGAAAAAUUGGAGAAGGUCAAGACAACAGAGCCUGAAAGUAGCAUGCCAAAGUAUGAUGUCAAGGUUACAUCAGCUAAAGCUAAAAUUCAGCCGAAUAAGGCUCCUGAAAAUAGCUACCCAGAUGCAAAAUCUCCAGUUACAUCCAGAAGCAAAGCCAAUAGCAACCCGUCAUCAACAUAUAGUGAUGCCAGCAUUAAGAGUAAGAGCGAUUGUAUUUGCCACAAAUGUGGUGCACCCAUCGAUCAAUUCACCAAAAAGGCAAAAACCGCAAGAGAUUCAUCUAAUGAGAGCCAUCGAUAUCAACUUAAUCAAAGGAGUGCAAAACAAUUGCAAGACGAAAUUAAAAAAGAGAAGAACAAGUGUCAAUCCACAGCCACAAUGAAUAUGAACUGGAAUACUUUAAGGGAGCAAAUCCCAUCUAAGGAUUAUCAAAAAAAUUGUUGUACAACUGCGACGUGCUUGAAUCAAUGUGGCAAGUGUCGAAUAACACCAGCGAAAAUGAAAAAGGGCGACGUAAUGGCAAAUCUGGUUGUGGAUGAUAAAUGUGAUGUUAAUCAAAUAAUUGAAAUCCUUCGGGAGACAGUCGUCGGUUUAGAGAAGCAAGAGCAAUUGUUACGACAAAAGAUUUCAAUUGUAGACCAAAAUAGUUUUAUUGAGAGUUCUGCAAGCGAUUUCUUGCCUCACACGAAUUCAAACUACAGAUACAACCUGACGCUCGAGAACUAUUAUAAUAAGAUUCCCAACUAUACAACUUCCCAGGCUAGUAAUCAAUUUAAUUCGGACUUCCAUAAUCAAGGCUAUCAGGGAAAAGGUCCUAAUGACGUGUCGUACAAUUCAUUUCCCCAACAAUAUAAUUAUUACCAACAACCCUAUGCCCAAACGGUAAAGGUUGCCCGGAAAAGCCAGGUUCAAGCAGAAAUACCUACACAGAUGGAUUAUGAUUAUCUACUGAAUGAAUCGGAGCAACAAAUCAGCCGUCAAAAUGAAAAUUCUCUGGUUCAAUGCAACUGUGAGAAUCAGGCUGAAAUUGAUAAUCGUGGCUAUUCAAAUGAAAACAUUAAUCAUUUAAGGAUUACAGAUUCGAAUGCGUCAGUUAAGGCCAGAUCUCGUACGCGUAGUGGUGGUAAUCCGGAUACCAUUGAGAAGGACUUGAAAGCAUGCACAAUCCUUUCAUGUGACAAUAAGAAGUGUAAAACCCCUCAGAGCUUGAAGCCAACUCAAUCAUUUAUACAAAUUUUUCACAUGGCCAUGGCCUUAAGGAAAAAUGGAACCAGCUUUCAGAAAGAUCCUAUUAAAAAUAGUUAUUUCAAGACUAAACUUCAAAGGAGAAGACCUGAAGACCAAAAAGCUCAAGUCUCGCUUAAGACCAAAAUGUUUUUAGACAUUCCAGAUUAUGGCAGCUACGAAAGUCACACCUUAAAUGGAAUAUCAGCAAAGAAAGAUUCCCGCAAACAGCCCAAAAGAGAAACUACACAAGAAGUAGAAUCAAUGGUUAACAUUCAGAAAAACAAACUUGGAGAACCAACGAAGUACGAAGCUUUAAUUAAAACAGACCCUAAGCGAAAAGCUUGUGAAUACUUCAGAAUGGAUAACAAUAGUAAAAAUCUCCGUAGUCAGCAAGAACAAUCAGAAGAAGAUCGAUUCCGAAUACAUGAGAAAACACAGGAAAAUUGUGAUUUCGAAAAAGAGGAAUACCAAAAACAUUCAAGUGAAUGCAGGAGACGAGACAAAAGCCAAGCCAAAGAUCAAAUGCGAACGCAAGAAAAAAUAGUGGAAAAAGAUCUGACCCAAAAGCAUUUUAACCAAGGUCAAAAAUGUGCCUCUUUUGCAAGAUUUGACCAUACAGAUAAUGUUCCACGACAAAUUCGGCAAAAUUCAUUCCAUUCCCAGAAGUACUCAAAUAAUAAGAGUUGCGACUUGGAUUCCUGUAGGAAUCGUAAUGACUAUUCAAAGGAAAGUGAUGAGGAAUGGGAUCAUUCGGAAGCAAAGAAUUCAGCAUCGAUAAACAGUCUAGCUAUGUGCAAAUGGAGAAAACAAGAAAAGAAAGAGGAAAUUAGAUCAGAACUGUUGGAACCAACGAAACCACGGAAAGACGCACCGGAUAAUUUGGAAGAGAACACAACUAAAUCAGGCAGAAGUCUUUAUAUUUGCAAGAGAACAGAGCGAGAAAAGAAGGAAACAGAGAACGAUGAUUCUUUGAAGUCUAAGCCGUCCCCAUCAAGAAGCAAAUUAUUGUUUCGAUGGAAAGAGGAGUCUUCCCAAUCAGAACAAACCAAACGUUCGAAAUCAAAAUCACUAAACAUUUAUUCAUUUGGGGAUCGAAUAAAGCGUGAAAGAAAGGAGUCUGUGGAUUGCCUAGAAGCAAAAUCAUCACUGGUCUGUCUGUACCAGCUCAAACAGAAGCCAAAGUUAGCGGAUCUGUUUGGCAGUUCGAACAGAAGCAACAAGGAUAAAAAUCAACACAAUGCUCCCAAGCCACGAAGCAAUUGCGAUGAUGUUAAAGUGCUCUGCGAUUUAAGUUACAGAUUUUCCCAUCACAGUUACGGCGACGAAGAUGGAAACAUUGAGGACGAUUGCGUCUGCGAUAUAGACAAAGAAAAUCAUGAGAUAUUGAAAUGGCAGCCAAGUGGAAGUGUAAAUAAUUUUUAUUGCAUGCUACAACACAAAGGGACACAUUAAUUCGCUUUAUCAAAAUUGUAAAUGUACCUUAUUUAAAUAAAAAAAAAAAACAGGGUGA